UCGUUCUUGAAAAUAAGUUUAUCGAUGAUCAAACGUCAUUGUUAAAAUUUUUCCGUCGUUGUCAAUGAUCAAAAAAAUUGUACUAAGUUAUUAAGAUCAUGACAGAGGUUGACAUAAUUUUUUACGAUAACAAUCUCUAUUCCAGAUGUACAUAUAUCCAUCACAUAUGUGCCGGUAUAUGUAAAUGUGGCAACCGUCUCAAGCCGAUGUUGCUGUCAUUGAAGCUUUGGGAAAAGAACCCAAUUCUUCUAACCCCCAUGUACUAAGAUGGUACACUCACAUAAAGUCGUACGAUCUAAACACACUUCCAGGGGAGAAAAAGGCUCCUGCUAUAUUAGCAAAUAGUCAUUCUUCGCAAGCUACUACCCCAGCAGCAGAUGCCGCAGAAGAUGGCGAUGAUGUUGACUUGUUUGCAUCCGACGAAGAAGAAAGUACAGAAGCGGCAAAGAUCAGGGAAGAAAGAUUAAAGGCUUAUGCCGAAAAGAAAUCGAAGAAACCUGCGAUCAUUGCUAAGUCUAGUAUUGUACUUGAAGUUAAACCUUGGGGAGACGAAACAGAUAUGAAAAAAAUGGAAGAAGCUGUUAGAUCGAUCAAGAUGGAUGGUCUUAUUUGGGGUGCUUCUAAACUCGUAGCAGUGGGAUAUGGCAUACAAAAAUUACAAAUAAUGUGCGUAAUAGAGGAUGAAAAAGUUUCUGUAGAUUUCCUGGUGGAAAAAAUACAGGAAUUUGAGGAUUUAGUACAAUCUGUCGACAUUGCAUCUUUCAAUAAAAUUUAAAAGCUUCUCAGUAAUUUUAAUAAUGAGUUAAUAAAUAUUGUUUGUAUAUAUGUGCA